AGUGGGUACAAUCCUGUGGCAAUAAGUAGUUUCAAUCAUGUGGCUUUACGUAGGUACAAUGGUGUGGCUAAACGUAGGUACAAUCCCGUGGCAAUAAUUAGGUACAAUCCUGUGGCAGUAAGUAGGUACAAUCCUUUGGCAGUAAGUAGGUCCAAUCCCAUUUCAUUCCCAGGGGUGGUAGUAGGUAAGAGCUUCAAUAUUGCAGAUGCUAAUGUAACACAUGCAUUUUAUUGUUUUAGACUAAACUAUGGAGAGGAAAGGUGCCCAGUGAAGGAGACACUGAGUUCCAUUUGUGGAGUGUUGGAGGGACAACAGAAAUAAUGUCCGACGAGGAGUUCGACAAUGAAACAAAGACGGUUAACUUGAGAACUCCACGAUGGAGAACAGAACGUUUUAACAACUACAUCAAAAUCAUCGAUAAACGAAUUAAGGACCGUAAACUUAGAGACUACAUCCAUGAGAGAAAGCUUAGUGGACCCUCUGAGAGAUCAAAGCCUAAGAAAUGGCAAGGGAAAUACCCUGGUGUGGUCGAGUAAGGGCGUAAGUCUUGUACAAUCCCGUGUUCCGUGCCCGUGUUACAUGGACGAAGCUUACGGUCCCAAACUGAAUGCAACAAAUAACACAGUUAAUAAAAUCAUUAUAGGGUUAUACCUUUCAUAUUUUAGCAAUAUGAAAGUAGGAUAACGACAAUCAAGUUCUGAAAGUUUCAUGACUCUCAUUCAAAUUAUUUGUAUUAUUUUUCAUAGCCUUUCACAGAUAUGUUCGAUUUCAUCCACUUCCUGUAAAUGCAUGACUAGCUACUGAGUGUAAAAUCAUUAUAGAGAUAAUAAUAAAAGCUAUUAAAAAUUGUA